AUGCAAAAGACUUCAGAAGAGAUGGAAAGAAUUAUUGACAAACACCACUUACGUCAAUACUCAGGAGUUUACGAUAUGAAACGACUUACAAACUACAUUCUAUCAAAACUUUCAAAAUACCCCUUCAAAAAGUAUCCUUCAAACACUCUGCUCGUUUGUGACGACUUCGCUGGUAAAGGUUUAGUGUCAAAGCCUGACUCACCAUUAGCUAACAUCAUUACUAAAGUCAGACAUUACCACUUAACUGUAGCAAUACUUAUGCAAACAUGGAGGUUUUUAGCUUUAAACAUAAAACGUCUCAUAACUGACUUCGUUAUCUUUCAAGGUUUCUCACGUUAUGAUAUUGAACUCAUUUGGAAACAGUCAGGUAUAACAUUACCUUUUGAAGAAAUUUGGGAAGCAUAUAAGUCUCUCAUCUCUCCUCGUUCAUACCUUGAGAUUCAUAUCAUGACUAAUACCAUUAAAGUCAAAAAUAUUCCAUGGGAACGACCAACAUUGUUUUAA